AUGGCACCUCCACCGACUGCUGAUGUUCCCUUGGGCGAGCGCCUGGCACGGGUCGCUACAACACUUCAAUUUGCCUGGUUUUGCGGCCACUUUACCCUCCUCCUGUCCGUCAUCCGCUAUGGCCUCUCGUACCUCACGUUCAACUAUUACUCCAGAUGGGCUCAGGUCACAUAUCGCCUGGCUUUCAUCUCCGCCGUGGCCACCUACGGCAUUGUCGUUUUCAAGGCUUAUCGUGCUCGCGUGAAGCCCGGCGCCAAGAUCGGUUCGACGAUCUAUCUUUUGCUCUCGGAUGAGAAUGUGCAGUAUCUGCUCAUCAGCUUGGUCUGGUUGUUCGCAAGGCAGGUACCCUUGGCCCUGCUCCCUUUCACCGUCUACUCGGUGUUUCACGUCGCUACCUACACUCGCACCAUCAUUAUCCCCACCUUUCACCCACCCAAAGUUGCUCCGUCGGCCACACCUACUUCACCAAGUGCUCCCAAACCUCAAUCUCCCCUCGCCACUUCCAUCGGCCGAUUUGUCAAAGAGUACUACGACGGCUCCAUGAUGUUGGUCGCAUGGCUUGAGAUUCUCCUCUGGGUUCGCCUGCUGCUGUCUGCAUUGACCUUCAGCAAGGGCUCUUGGAUCCUGCUGGGCAUAUAUGCCGUAUUCUUGAGGGCGAGAUACUCUCAAAGUCAGUUUGUGCAGGGCGCUUUUACUCAGAUGGGCGCUAGAAUCGAUCAGCAAGUCCAGAACCCCAAUGCUCCUCCCGUGGUUCGACAAGGCUGGGAAACUGUCAAGGGACUCCUGCGUCAAACAGUUGAGGCCACAGACAUGCGGAAGUACAUGGGAGGCCAACCCCCGCAAAAGAAGCCUCAAUAG